AUGAAAGUUCUUACAAAACAAGAAGAAGAUGAGCAUUAUCAAGCCACAAUUAAAGGUGGUAUAAAAGGUGGAGCUAUUGGUUUAGGUGUUACUUUAGGACUGGCCGUUGUGGCAAAUCGUUAUUCUCGAUUUUUUCAAGGGUUAACUUUACCUGUAAAAGCAUUCCUAGUUUCAUCAGCAGAACAAGCUGGAUUAAAAUAUGAAAGAGAGAAAUAUGGACAUUAUGAAGCUCCCAAACAUCAUGAUCCGCAACGUUCAUAUACUAAAGCUGCCAAAGAUUUUAUUUCAGAUAAUAGAUAUAGUAUUCUUUGUGGAAGUUGGGUUUUAUCUAUGGCUGGAUCAAUUGCUUACACUUCAAAGAAUAGAUAUUUAACCCUUUCUCAAAAGGUGGUACAGGCUCGUAUGAUUGCACAAGCUUUGACACUUGUCAUGGUCCUCGCGAGUGCUGGUGUUUCAAUGACAGAUAAAAGAGAGGCAAAACUACCCGCAGGAUCGGAUCAAUGGAAAGAAAUGGUUGCUGCUGAAGAAAAAAAAAUGAAUCAAGUUUCAUAA